CAAUGCUAAUUAAGAUAAUUUGACCGCCGCCAUUUUGUUAUCACGUGACUGUCCGCCAUUACGGGAGUGAAAAAUUCCUGAUAGUCUGAGAGUAAAGAAAAUCUACCAUUAUUAACUUAAAAAUAUCCGACACACAUGGCUACCAACAAGCAGUUUCGUAAGUAAAAUUAUUAGAAUAUGUUUUAUGAAUGUACCUGUAGUUAAAAUUUAACCACUAAUGGAUCAGACUGUGUGAAUUAGCCGAUAAAUCGCCACAAAAUGUAAACAAAGAGGUCACAUAAAUCAGUGUAAAUUGCAAAUGUCGGCACUUUGGAGGAAAACGUUCGCGUUUUUCAAUCUAAAAGCUUGGACAUACGAUUUUAUGUCACAGGUCAUAGACACUACAGUUGAAAGGCCUACCUCCUGAUGACCAAAGUUGGGAAAAAAACGAUUGUAAAACAUGGCCAAAGUUGUCUUAUGAAGACCUUGUUGAUUAUUUGAUCCACAAAAAAGCAUAUGAUGGAAAGGCAAUGAAGUCCUUUCGGUCAUUGUAUGGAUACAACUAUGUACAAAAUGGUUGGAUGGGAGACAUCUGGUCCUUAAAUUAUGAUGGAGAAACAUACCUGAAGGCAAAAAUCUCACCUAGUCAACCAGGUGUAGGACGUAAAGAUUAUGAUACCUGGAUUUUAGUGAAGGCCGACAGUUCAGUAGAAACUGGUCACUGUUCUUGUCCCGCUGGUAAUGCCCAUUCUUGCAGUCACAUAGCUGCUCUCAUUUAUGCUGUCACUCUCGCCUGGUCAAAUGGAAUUGCGGGACAAACUUGUACAGACAAAUUGCAAAUAUGGGGAAAAGGAGCCACCAAUGUUUUAAGCCAUGACCCGAUUUCCCAAAUGAAUUUUGAUAGGCCAAACCAGUUUAUUCUUACGAAUGAAACGAGUGAUUCUCCUGGAAAAGUGCACGCAGAUUCAGAUUCUACCAGUAACAUUGAGCAAUUUGUCAGUCAUGAAGAUUUAAUAGAAUUUGCAACAAAUUCAAGUGUUGGCAGGCUUUGGGACUGUAAAGGCACAAUGUUGAACAAAAUUUUAUUGGCACCUGUCAUAAAAGAAAGAAAAGAAAUAGAAGUAGUACACCAGGAUCAUUGUGUUGAUUCUUCCAACCCUGUGAAUGUGCCCCUGUCAUGUGGGAAAUGUGAAACUUUUUUCAAGCAAUUCAUUGACUUGUCUCCAGAGAAGGCAACUUUUUUUACAGAAAACACUAAAACACAAGACUCAAACCUUUGGUUGGACACUAGAAAGUUACGUGUUACAAGCAGUCGAGUCAGUAGUUUACCCAAAACUCAGCGGGCUGAUCCGAACAAAUUCAUAACUAACCAAAUCUAUCCAAGAUUCAAGGGGUGUACAGCCACACGUCAUGGACAAAAGUUUGAGCCUGUAGCUCGUGCAUGGUUUGAAAGUACUACUAAUCAAACUGUUGCUCAGUCAGGCAUAGUAGUGAGUGAAAAAGAGCCCUACAUAGCUGCCAGUCCAGAUGGAAUUAUAGACAAUUCAACAAUUCUGGAAAUCAAGUGUCCAACACGACCACUUAAAGAAUUAAUUAACUCUGGAAAAUAUGAUGUUGUUAUGGAGGCCGGGGAGCCAAAACUCAGUGCAAAGGGGAAGAAUGGCUAUUACCUCCAAGUGCAGAUUGCAAUGUUUUGCACACAGACAAUUCUUUGUAAGUUUGUGUUGUGGACUCCAGAUGACAAAUGUAUUAUUGAUGUACCAUAUAAUGAACAGGUUGUCUCAAACAUUCUACCUAGAAUUAGAGACUUUUACUUUAGACAUAUUCUGAUAAGAUUGUCUGAUGAGUAUGAAUCAGUGCGUUUAAAAUUGUGUUAGGAGUACAAAGACCUAUGUUGUUAAGGGAAUUUAGUAUUACUGGUACUUAUGUCUAUAAAAUGAAAUAAUUAUAUGAGCCGCGCCAUGACAAAACCAACAUAAUGGGUCUGGUCUGGAUCCAUGCUGGUCGCAAACGCACUAUGUUGGUUUUGUCAUGGCGCGGCUCAUAUGUUCCUUUGUCGAAAACUGUAAAAAAAGAAAUUUAUAGGUACCUAUGUUGAUCAAUGAAAAAGUUUUACAUUUACAAUUUUUUUACAGGAGCCUAUGUCGAUAAAUGAAAAAAAAAGUAUUACAUGUUCUUAUGUCGAUAAAUGAAAAAGUAUAAGAUGUAUCUAUGUCGAUAAAUGAAAAAGUAUAAGAUGUAUCUAUGUCGAUAAAUGAAAAAGUAUAAGAUGUAUCUAUGUCGAUAAAUGAAAAAGUAUGACAUGUAUCUGUGUCGAAAAAUGAAAAAAGUAUUACAUGUAUCUUUGUCGAUGAAAAACGUUUUGCCUGUACCUAUAUCCAUAGAUGAAAAAAAGUGUUAGAUAUACCUAUGUCUUUUAAUGAAAAAUGUAUUUCAAUUAAGCACCUAUGUCUAUAACUGAUAAAUGUGUUUCAUGUUCCUAUGUCGGCAAAUGAAAAUGAUAAUUCAUAUCUGAAAUCUUGAAUAAUUAAUUAGUUGAGGAAAAUUAUCUUCAAAUUUGAUUAAUUUUCUUCAAAUUGUAGAAUAUUUAUGUGCUAAUUUCCUUCAUUAAUUUUAGCAAAUUCUGACUGCAAAACUACUUAUUCAGAUUAUGUAUAAUAUAAUUUAUAUUAAAGAGACUAUAAGGAAGACAUAUUCAACAGGAUCAACAAUUAAGCCUUGUGACUUGCCAUUAAAACCAACACAUGUAUAUAAUAUAUAUAGACUAUUUAUUUGUUUAUCUUUUUAUUUAUUUAUUGGAAAUGUUCACAAAUAAUAAAAUAUGUUUCAAAGUAAAGUACUUGGAUUCAUGUCUUUUCUUCAUCAUGCAUUAUAAACUAUAUGUAAUGACCUAUUAAGUGUUUUAGCAUGAUAUACUGAC